ACCUUGGUUGAGGUUGGUGGAGUUGGUGGAGUUGGUGGAGUUGUCGGAGUUGUCUGAGCUGAGGAAAAGUUAGUAGUACCAGUACCAGGAGUGAGCAGCAUCAUCAUCAUCGUCAGUAGUAUGUAUGUCGAAGGCUCGGCGUAAGGCGUUGACCUUGUUGGUGGGUGAUUCUCGCUCAGUGAGCUCGGUGUGCAAGGUGUUGUGUUGUGGUGAGGGAGCUCAAGCCGUCACCGAGCUCCUCGUCAGCUGGCUCCCCGUCUUUCUUCUAAACUAACAGUCGGUGAUACUCGAGCAAUGGGCAAGACACCUCGCUGACAAUAUUUUGUUUCCAGUCAGUGUCGCUAUCCCGGAUUUUAUAACUACCGAGCCCAGAGCCAGCUUUGUCAAACACUCUGUCAAGGAUAACAACAACAAUAAUAAAAACAACAACAACAAAAAUAAUAAUAAUAAUAAUAAUAAUAAUAAUAACAAGAGUAAUCGUUAGUGAGUGUGUGAGCGUUUGUUUGAGGGCACUCUACUCGGGAAACGCCAUUUUAUGUGUUUGGCUCUGACACUGGAACAACGACCACCACCACCACCACCACGACAACGACAACCACGACCACGACCACGGUAGUGGUACACUUAGAAACAGCUAGACACUUUUAUUCUGUGUUGUGCUUAUCAUUACUCCUAAUUAUUUUUUAUUAGUGAUACAUAUAUUGAUAUAUGUUUUAUAAAUUUUAGUUAUACGUCUACAUCUACAUCUAUAUAUAUAUUUAUAUACAAGUGUUUUGUUCUUUGUCUGCGCUAGUUAAAAUGUUGCUCAAAUAUUCAACGCCCGACAUGUAUAAGUAACAUUGUCGGGCCUGUCAGGGGCGGGCUUGCCGCGACAAUUAUUAUUAAUUAAUUAAUUAAAUUAAUAAAUCAUUCUGGAAGUUUAUUAAUUAGUGGUGGUAUUUUGUGUAAAUUAAUAAAAGUUAGUGGUUAAUUUUUUAACGGAAAAGUUGGAAAAGUGUUGUGCAAACGGAGUAACAGUGGAAAGUUGUGAAUUUUUUUAAAAUACAUAUAUACAGAUAUAUGGUAAUUGAAUAAAACAGUAGGAGCAAUAACAGCAGCUGUAGUUGGUGGAUAGCUGUCACUGACAUCUGCUAUUGUGUAAUUUAAACAAAGGCUGUUGUCAUUUGUUAAUUGUCAAUCAUAACCUCUGGAUUAUUACACGCUUUUUUUUUUUAAGGAUUUACCAUGAAUUCCAGAAAUAUUCCGUCUGAUAAGAUAAACUUACGUCUAAUUCUUGUCAGUGGUAAGACAAAAGAAUUUCUAUUUAGUCCAAACGAUUCUGCAGGAGACAUAGCUCAUCAUGUAUUUGAAAAUUGGCCGGAAGAUUGGGCGGAAGAGGCCGUGGCAAAGGCGGAAAUCUUACGACUAAUUUACCAGGGUCGUUUUUUACACAGCAAUGUUACGCUCGGUGCGCUUGGGCUUCCUUUUGGAAAAACAACAGUUAUGCAUCUGGUUCCUCGAGAAAAUCUUCCUGAACCUAAUUCCCAAGAUCAGAGACAAAAGAGCAAAGGCGGUGGAAGCAGUUGCUGCUCAGCAUCCUGUUGUAUACUCUAAAUGUUGGCUGCCUUGGAUACUACUCGUGGUCAUAUUACAUGAGCCGAUGGACAUUUCCAAGUUGAGCCAUUGUUUAUAAGAUUUAAUGAUAAAUGAUAUGAUUAUGUAUGUAUAAUCGUUAGUGACUGAACUUGCGAGCGAUGUAGCUAAAAUUAUUAAUUAUUUAACGCUAUUAUUUAAUUCACCGUCGGUCAAGGCGCCACCAAUCGACGCAACAAAUUCACACUCUGUAUACCUUUUGUUUAUCGAUUCUGUCAUACCAUCACAAUACAAUACAAUAAAACACUAUUGUAAUAGAAUUAUUAUAUAUAAAAGAAGAUAAUAUUAUUAUUAAAAAAUAAUAAAAUGGAUUUAGUAUCGAGAAACGCCAUUACAUCAACGUUUAAUAUCGUUCGAACGAUUUAAUAUUAUUAUAUAUAAAAUAAAACCAAUAAUUAUAGCGUCAGAGCCAAACUGUAUAAUAAAUUAAAAAUUAUAAUGAUAAUAAUAAUACUAUUAAUAAUAAUAAUAAGUAUUGAUAAGGAUAGUAAUAGUAAUAAUAAUAAUUUUUAUUAUGACAAGCCUUUGAAUUGACGUAAUUGCUCAUCAGCUGUUGGAAGUUUAUGAGAACCGGAGCGUUGACAAAAAAAUAUUAAUCCGUUUUGUUAAAAAAGAAAUAAAGAAAUAAUAAUAAUAACAACUUUAGCACUGAUGCUUGUAAAAUAAAUAAAAGAGCGAUAAAUACAAAGCAUGCUCAUCAUUUAAUGAAUAAUGAAUAAUAGAUAAAUAAAUAAAUAAAUGAACAAAGGAUGAGUACUCGAAAAUAACAAAGACGCCUGACAAAUUAUAAAAUAUGUGUACUCUCUAUUAUUAAAUGCCUUGCCGUAUAGUAAUAACGCUAAGUUCACUGACCUCUCUUCUUCGUAUGAAUCAUUGUCGCACGCGAUUAUAAUGCGAUACUGUCGUUCAGACAACAAUCCAGAGAUGAGUGAGAAUACGUUAUUUUUAAAGUAACAUCAAUUAUUAACUUUUGUCAAGUUAUUGUUUGUUAUCUACUACUACUACUACCCGCUAAGCCUAUCAAUACUUAUUGUUAGUAAUCGACUAGCUGCUCUCUGGAUUAUCAUUAAUUAUUAUUAUUAUUAUUAUUAAAAUUAUUAUUGUGGUUGUAAUUAUUAGUAUUAUUAUUAUUACAUUGUUAUGCUACAGUGCUUAAAGUUUCAAUCACUAUCUAAUUACUACCGCAGUGUUAUUAUAAUUACGUAGGCCGAAUACACGAAUGAGUCGAAUUGCAAUGAAAA